AUCAUAUUCAUAUGUUAUAUAAUAUUUGCCCUACUUUCCAAGAGUUUAUUUUUCUUAUAAUAUACUUCCUCCGUCCCAAUUUAUAAAAUAUGAAGAUUGCUUUCGCAAUUCUGUUGGUUGUGACCCUAGUUGUUUCCACCUUGGUAGAUUCUACAAAUGCUGGCUCAGACUUUUGUGACUCAAAAUGCAACGUGAGGUGCUCGAAGGCAGGAUACCAAGAUAGGUGCUUGAAAUAUUGUGGUAUAUGUUGUGAGGCAUGCCAAUGUGUUCCAUCUGGAACUUAUGGGAAUAAGGAUGAGUGCCCUUGCUACAGGGACAAGAAAAAUUCUAAGGGCAAGCCCAAGUGUCCUUGAAGACAUAAAUUCUCAUAAAUGCCUUUUAAUUUAGAUGUAUAUGCUCAACUUUGUUGGGCCUAUACUAAAUUUGUUUGGUAUAUUUCAUUUAAUUCUAAAUGAUUACAUAUAUGUUAAUGUGAUUGAUUUAUAAAUAAGGUUAGCCUUCAUGACUAGCUUCACUAUCAUAUAGAAAAGGGAUGUCUAGCAGGAGAAUAUUUGGAUUUGAUAUAAAAUAUACUCUAUUAUUGUUAAAUAUAUCAUAUAUUUAAGUUAUGCUAAAUAAUAAUUGUUGUUCCGGAUA